GGGCGGUUUGGGGGAGUUGUGGAGGCGGGGCGGGGAUGAGUAGUAGCUGGCGUUUAAAGGGCCCGGUCAGCUGGGCCACUGCAGCCCGCGUCUAACCCUGGGGGCCUGGGUCCCGGCUGCCCAGGAAGAGAUGAUGGCGAACCGACCCGGCACAGUGCUCCUGGGCAGGCCCGGGGGACCGCGGAUGCCCGGGUUCUGGGGAGGAUGUAGAGUUCAGGUAUUUGCCGCGAUCUUACUGCCGCUGUUGUCUCUGGCAGAAUUUGGGGCUGCGAUAAGGAACGACUUCAGUCUGGUUCAGCCGCUGGUGACCAUGGAGCAGCUGCUGUGGGUGAGCGGGAGGCAGAUCGGUUCUGUGCACACCUUCCGAAUCCCGCUCAUCACAACCACUCCUCAGGGCACUCUGCUUGCCUUCGCCGAGGCCAGAAAAAUGUCCACAUCGGAUGAGGGGGCCAAGUUCAUUGCUCUUCGGAGAUCCACUGACCAGGGCAGCACAUGGUCUCCGACAGCUUUCAUCGUAGAUGAUGGGGACACCCCAGAUGGGCUGAACCUGGGGGCAGUGGUGAGCGAUAUGGAGACAGGAGUGGUGUUCCUUUUCUAUUCCCUCUGCGCUCACAAGGCUGGCUGCCAGGUGGCCUCCACCAUGUUGGUGUGGAGCAAAGAUGACGGGGUUUCCUGGAGCCCUCCCCGGAAUCUCUCGUUGGAUAUUGGCACCGAGAUGUUUGCCCCUGGACCGGGCUCUGGCAUCCAGAAGCAGCGGGAGCCGCGGAAGGGCCGCCUCAUCGUGUGUGGCCAUGGGACGCUGGAGCGGGACGGGGUCUUCUGCCUCCUCAGUGAUGAUCACGGUGCCUCGUGGCGCUAUGGCAGUGGGGUCAGCGGCAUCCCCUACGGCCAGCCCAAGCGGGAGAACGACUUCAACCCUGAUGAGUGCCAGCCCUAUGAGCUCCCAGAUGGCUCAGUCGCCAUCAACGCCCGGAACCAGAACAACUACCACUGCCACUGCCGGAUAGUCCUCCGCAGCUACGACGCCUGUGACACAAUACGGCCCCGGGAUGUCACCUUUGACCCUGAGCUUGUGGACCCUGUGGUAGCUGCAGGAGCCAUAGCCACCAGCUCUGGCAUCGUCUUCUUCUCCAAUCCAGCCCAUCCCGAGUUCCGUGUGAACCUGACCCUGCGCUGGAGCUUCAGCAAUGGUACCUCGUGGCGGAAGGAGACGGUCCAGCUGUGGCCAGGCCCCAGCGGCUACUCCUCACUGGCAGCCCUGGAGGGCAGCAUGGGCGGGAAGGACGAGGCCCCCCAGCUCUAUGUCCUGUAUGAGAAAGGCCGGAACCAGUAUACAGAGAGCAUCUCCCUGGCCAAAGUCAGUGUCUACGGGACACUCUGAGCUGUACACCUGCCACAGGAGUAGAAGGCCUUGGACUUAGCCUUCGGGGCCAUGGGUCCAUAGAGAUCUGCUAGAGUUGCCUAAAAGACAGUUCCACCUUCUUUUAGACUCUAGCCUUUUGCAAAACCAAGUUCUCUUUGACAGGGAAAUCACUCUGUUAGGACUGCAAGCCUGGCUUCUUCCACACAGGAAGUCCUGCCCUCACUUGAGAGCACUUUCUUUCCAUAUCAUUGCUGGGUUUGGCCCCCUGCCCCUUCUGCCUUCCUGGGGCAAUGAUUGGUCCUUUUCUAGGCAGAGCUAGGCAGGCCUGUAGAAUUGAAUAAAUGCAAACUCAGGGAAUUGGGGAAAGCUGAGCUUCCUCUUUGGGGUAAGAUGCUGGCUAUGGUGUGGGCUGGUGAAAGUUCUGGAAGGGCAAUAUUUGGAUUCAGGGUAAAGAACUAGGUGCACCACCCACCUUGACUAUUUAUAAAUUGAAAUAUUUGUAACUUAACGUUUUUAAUGAAGGAGAAUGAGCAUUUGUCAAGUCUGUGUGGUUCUAUCAAUGCACAUCUUCCUGUCCAUUCCUCCUGUAUGCUUUUAAGAGGCUGGGAAUGAGCUUUGGGGGGGAAGCUGGUGUGCUUACUGCCUGCGGAAAUCGGACUUCAGCAAAUUAAAUCCUCCUUUCCCUUUCUCAUUCUUCUUUCUCACAGGAAAUCAGAUCCAUCUUCAUAGGUAUAAUGAGGAGUAGCAGGGGGAGCCCCGUGAGAUAUUAAAACUUCUGCCCUGUUUCAUAUUGCUAAGAUGGAGUCCUCUGGGAGGCAGGGGGCAGGUGUGUCAAAUGCAGAUGGGAAGCCUCUCACCUAGGCCAACCUGGCAGAGAAAUAAGCACGGUGACAAAUUACGUGAGAAAAUAGCACCACCCUCAAGCAGAUGCUGUGAAGAGAAUGGGCAGCGUACAGAUGAGUGGGAGAGCCAUACGUAGCUUUCCUCCAUAUGGAGGAAGAAAUAUGAUGCCUAGAUGAGGUGAUGAGAGUGUUAAAGACUGAGGAGUAAGGGUCACAUUCACUUACAGUUAGAGGUUCAUUUUACUUUCAACUUGCUUCUCUAAUUAUCCUAACAUGUAAGAAAUGUUAGGAUAAUUCAUUCUGUCAGAUAGGAAAAGUGGAAUGAUCCCACUGUCUGUGAGGAUAUGGUUCAAUUUUGUAUUUGAUCCAGAAUUUGUGACCAAUAAGAUAAUACUUCAAUUUUUUCACUUACACACAUUUUUAAAAACACAAAGGUAGAGAAAAUAGCCUAAUGAACCUCCAUGUACACCCUAUGUGUCCAACAUUUGCUUCCUCCAAUUCUUUUCUCUUUUCCUUUCCUUGGUUAAACUACUUUGAAGCAAAUCCCAGACUUUGUGACAUUCACCCCUACGUUCUUAAGUAUGCAUCUCAUUCUUUAAAAAUGGAACAUUUUAUUAUAUAACCAUAACACCACUGCACACCCAAAACAUUAACAAUAAUUCUGGUAUCAUCUAAUAUCCAUCCAAUGUGCAAAUUUCAUCAAAUGUCUCAACGUCUUACAGUUUUGUUCAAAUCAGGAUCCAAAGAAAACCUACACAUUUCAUUUUGAUGUCUCUUAAAUCUAGAUUAAUCUGCCAUCCCACCUCCCCUCUUUCAAUUUUUCUUGAUACCAUCUAUGCAGAAAUAGAGACAUUUAUCCUAUA